CCCUCGGACCCCCCCCAUUUUUGCGCCUGGCUCAUAUCAGGUUCAGAAUCAGACUUUGCCUUUCUCCGGCCAUGUUCUCCUUCCGAGGUUGUGGUCGCUGGGUCGCGGCUUCCGUCACCAAACAGCAUCUUCCGUUGGCCUGGUUCAGCGGUGAGAACGCAGCACCCUGGACGCCGCGCUUCGACGUGGUCGUCGUCGGCGGAGGACACGCCGGGACCGAGGCCGCUGCCGCCGCCGCUCGGUGCGGCUCCCAGACCUUACUGCUCACGCACCGCGCGGACACGAUCGGUCAGAUGUCCUGUAAUCCUUCGUUUGGCGGCAUUGGAAAGGGCCAUUUAAUGAGGGAAGUAGAUGCCUUGGAUGGCUUGUGUUCUCGAAUCUGUGACCAGUCUGGUGUACAUUACAAAGUAUUAAACCGGCGUAAGGGACCAGCUGUUUGGGGUCUGAGAGCUCAAAUUGAUAGGAAACUCUAUAAGCAGAACAUGCAGAAAGAAAUCCUAAACACACCACUGCUUACUGUUCAGGAGGGAGCUGUAGAAGAUCUUAUUCUUACAGAACCAGAGCCUGAGCACACUGGGAAAUGCCGUGUCAGUGGUGUUGUUUUGGUGGAUGGAAGCACAGUGUAUGCAGAGAGUGUGAUUCUGACUACUGGGACGUUUCUGCGAGGCAUGAUUGUAAUUGGAUUGGAGAUGCAUCCGGCAGGACGUUUAGGGGAUCAGCCUUCCAUAGGGUUGGCUCAGACUCUGGAGAAGUUGGGGUUUGUGGUGGGAAGACUAAAGACCGGGACUCCACCCCGAAUUGCCAAAGAGUCUAUUAAUUUCAGCAUUCUAAACAAGCAGACACCAGAUAAUCCCUCCAUACCAUUCAGCUUUAUCCAUAAGACAGUGUGGAUUGAGCCAGAAGAUCAGCUGCCAUGUUACUUGACUCACACCAACCCUAGAGUGGAUGAGAUUAUCCUUGAGAACCUUCACCUCAAUAGUCACGUUAAGGAAACUACAAGAGGACCCCGAUACUGUCCCUCCAUUGAAUCAAAGGUUUUGCGUUUUCCAAACCGUCUGCAUCAGGUUUGGUUGGAACCUGAAGGAUUAGAUUCUGACCUCAUCUACCCCCAAGGGUUAUCUGUGACACUACCAGCUGAACUUCAAGAGAAAAUGAUCACAUGCAUUAGAGGCUUGGAGAAAGCUCAGGUGGUUCAGCCAGGCUAUGGUGUUCAGUAUGAUUACUUAGACCCCCGUCAGAUCACUCCUUCUCUCGAGACUCAUUUGGUGCAACGGCUCUUCUUUGCUGGACAGAUAAAUGGCACCACUGGUUAUGAGGAAGCUGCAGCUCAAGGUGUGAUAGCUGGAAUCAACGCAAGUCUUCGGGUCAGACAACGGCCUCCUUUUAUCAUUAGCCGAACAGAAGGCUACAUAGGAGUCUUGAUUGAUGACCUCACCACACUGGGUACCAGCGAACCAUACCGUAUGUUCACCAGCCGAGCCGAGUUCCGUUUGUCACUGCGCCCCGAUAACGCCGAUAGCAGGCUUACAUUCCGAGGGUAUAAGGAAGCUGGCUGUGUGUCCCAAGAAAGAUAUGAAAGAGCUUCUUGGAUGAAGUCUUCUUUAGAAGAAGGCAUUUCUGUGCUAAAAUCCAUUGAGUUUGCAAGUUCUAAAUGGAAAAAGUUAAUUCCAGAGGCUUCUAUAAGUAUCAAUAAAAGUCUGCCUCUCAGAGCUCUAGAUGUUCUGAAGUACGAGGAAGUUAACACAGAGGUGUUGGCCAAGGCUGUUCCAGAGCCCUUGAAGAAGUACAGUGAAUGUAGAGAGCUAGCUGAAAGACUGAAAAUAGAAGCCACUUAUGAAUCAGUGUUAUUCCAUCAGCAACAAGAAAUAAAGGAAGUUCAGCGAGAUGAAGCUCUCCAACUGCCAGAAGACCUAGAUUAUUUGACUCUCAGAGAUGUGUCUUUGUCCUAUGAAGUUCGAGAGAAGUUACAGUUCAGUCGCCCACAGACGAUUGGGGCUGCUGGUCGUAUUCCUGGAGUGACACCUGCUGCCAUCGUCAAUCUGCUCAGAUUUGUGAAGACCACUCACCAAAGACAGGCAGCUAUGAAUGAAUUGUCCAAAACUGAUCAAUGCUUACGCGGUACAGACAAACUUGAAGAGAGACAGUUAUAGCUUUCUAUUCAUAGAAGACUUUUAAUCAGUGCAAGAGACUAGAUAGGAGAUAAGUAUUUAUAUUUAGCCCCCAUUAAAAUAACCUUAUUAGGUUAUUAUGGGUUUGUCAUUAAUUUAUGAAGAGGACAGAGAUUAUAAUUGUGCUUUUUUUGUGUAUCUGAGAAAAUAGUUAUAAACUCUUAUCUUAUACUCUUUCUCUCAGGUGCUCUAAUACAGUGAACCUGUUAACGUAACUUUGUGCAGUGUUCAUCAAAGAGAGAUAUAGUGGCCCUAAAACUAAACCUGGAAAAAAAACUCAGCUUGUAGAUUUGCCUGCUCAUGAGGACUUUGUCCACUAAAUGUACCAAAUUAAAAUUCUUAUCUUUCAACUUGCUUCGAAAGUUAGCAGUCUUCUGCUUGAUUCUGCUAGUUUAGGAGGCAAUUUCAAAGCCCUCAAAUUCUUAGGGCUAAAAAUUUGAAACUAUACAAAAUCAUCCAGAAUCAUUCAGCUAAUUUCCAAUAUUAGCAAGUAGUACGUAGGAUGAAAGUUGACUUCUAAGAUUUCUGCAGGAAAUCGUCACCAGUAAUUGUCUUUGAACAUUAAUGAAAAUUCUAUAAAAUAGAAAUAUUGGAAAUCAUCAUAGUUUCCUCUCAUCCAUAAUGUGGAAAACUUUUUGGUAACCUUGUUAAGAGAGAAUAAAAUAAAGGAAGAGAGAAUGAGGGUAGUCAUUUUAUAUCAUACAAUAUUUUCUUAUGAAACUGUCACGGCCACGAGUGCUUAACAUUGAAGACAAAUCCUUAAUAACUGAUAACUAGUGUUGUCCUAGUUUUAAGUCAGAAUUGACAGAAAAAAUUAGAAUGUGCUGGCACUGCUCUUCCUCUCCAUCUUCAAUGAUAUGUGGUCACAAGGGUUAGAGUGGGAUGACCACCUGGGCCCUUGGCUGGCUCCUCAGACACCUCAACCUUUCUGGAUAGACUAGAAGAUGAAUACAGCCAAGUGGGCCAGAGGGCCCUACAUGUCCCUAGAAAUGUCAACUUGGAUCUCUGGUAUCAGCCUAGGGAGAAGCUCCCAUGUCAGCUUUAGGCCACAGCAGGUACGUAAGACAGUUCCAAGGGCCCAGAAGUCACUUUGGCUACAGAUCUAUGUGCUAAGCCUGAUUAUGAGUCUGAGGCAGCCAAAUAUCUUGUUGCUGUAAUCAUACAUGGCCCCUUGGAUUUAGCUCAGUUUUCAUGGAUUUGUUUCAGCUAAUUUUAGUCUCUCCAUAAAGCAGUCAAGAUCAGUAGCAAGUAAAAAGCAUUUCUAACUCUGGAUCAUUUAGCAGUGAUGAAUUCUUUUCGAUACUUGAUUUAGUAAUUUCAAAAAGUGAUAACUUUUCUUUUAGUUAUUAUGGCUAUUCCUGGGCAGAAUUCUUACUACAGAAGCAAUAUUGAUUAUAAAAGUAUGUUGUAUUUUUAAAAAGAAGGUAUUUUGUGCCAACUGCUUAGCACUAGAAGGGAAAUCACUGUUUUUAAACUUUUUUUUUCUAGUUAAAUAUAGGUGUAAAAGCAGUGAAUGAGGUACGUACUGACUAGAAUACAACAAAAAUUUAUCUUGAGGAAGCAGAAAGUUCCUAAAUGCUUUGGAAGGUUCUUGACAGCUGUAAUUUGGGCCUAGUGACACUACACAUAUAAAGAAAUUUAAGUUUUAUAAUGCAAUUACAUUACAACAGUAACUGUCUCACUGAAAAAUAUUUGAUGGAAAACAUUUGUUAUAGGUUCUGUCAUUUAGUUUAGGAUGUGAAACCUCUUUAAAUCCACAAUUUAAAAUAUGUUAACUUAUGUGUACAUCAUUAUAUUUCAACUUCUGUAUAGACUACAUCGUAUUCACAGUAGCCAAGACAAACAACAGAAGUGCCCAUUGACAGAUGAAUGAAUAAAGAUGUGGCAUAUAUACAAAAUGAAAUACUACUCAGGCGUAAAAAGAAAAGAUGAAGUCUUGCCAUUUGUGACAACAUGGAUGGACCUUGAGGGUAUUAUGCUAAGUGAAAUAAGUCAGAUGGAGAAGGACAAAUGCUGUAUGAUUUCACUGAUGUGGAAGAUAAACAAACACACACAAAGGUAGAUACAGAGAACAGGCUGGUGGUUACCGAAGGGGAGUAGAGGGAAAGUGAAAUGGAUAUAAAGUGGGUCAUUUGUAUGGGGACGGAUGGCAACUAGACUUUUGGUGGUGAAUACAAUGUAGUCUAUAUAGAAGUCAAAGCUAUACACUUAAAAGCUCGAUUCUUUUGCUUACAAUAAAUGAGAGAAACUUACUUCAAAAUUAAUUAAAUAAAAUAGUUAACUUAUGCAAAAUUACCUCACUUAAUGGAGUGUUUCAAAACAGCCUACCUUUCUGGUGCUGGUAGCCAGAAGUGCUGCAGAGUAUGAUGCCCUAGGAAAAAGUCAGCUAAAAAUGGAACCUUGCUCAAUCCAGUUACUUCAUAGAAAUCCCCCAACAAUGACAAUAGUCAGCCUCCAACAGAAGUUGGCCACACCUGUGAUUUCCUCCACCCACCGCAGACCACACUGCCCAGUAGUUAGAAAAGCUUGGUACUAAAGUUCAUUUCAAGAGGAACACCAAAAUAAAGAGGAAACAGCUAAGAAACACUAAGCAUUUGUCAUUGGUUGGGGAGGGAGGAUGAAGAUAGGGACCUGUGCUAAAUUAAAUUGGCCUUGAAUUAUGAAGUCACCUGAUAGGCAAGAGUUUGAAUUUUAUUACUCAUUGUUUUAAAAUAUUUCAUCUUUUUUUGAGUUUCAACCUAAAUUGGAAUAGCCAUGGCUUUUCCACUUCAGAAACUUCAACUCCUAGAAGAAUGCCCUGUCCAGAGAAGUGGUCAGAAAUACCGGGAAGGCCACCAACAGACGAGGGCUCAUUCAGAGCUAGCAGAGCUGCUUAUGCUGGAAGGCACACAGUGGAGAGGCACACUGUCCCUUGCAGGCUCCCUCUGCACAGUACUUCUGUUACUGCGCUUACUUCAUUCCACCUUAAUUUCUAUCUUCUCUUAACCUCUUAACAUGAUAAAAACCUCUUGAAUGCAGGCAAAGCCAUAAUUGUAGACACUCAGGAUGUACUUUAGGAAUGAAUGAAUGAAUAUUACUAGAAGCAAGAGAUGUCAAAACUAAAACUUAACUGAAUAAUUAAAUGGGAUAAAAAUAUUUAUGACACAAA